AUGACUAAUGAUGGUCCAGAAAUGAGAUUUAAAGGCGUGAGAAAGAGGAAAUGGGGAAAAUAUGUGGCCGAAAUUAGGUCAGGAAAGAGAUCACGCAUAUCGUUGGGCUCAUACUUCACUCCCGAAGCUGCAGCUCGAGCUUAUGAUGCUGCGCUCUUGUGCCUCCGAGGGCCCCACGCUUCGUCUUUCAAUUUCCCAGACUCGAAGUUCAACUCAACUGCAUUGGAUGUGGUAGAUGCCCUCACCGACCCUUCACCCGACGUUAUUCGAACAGGUGCCAUUGCGGUUGGGUCUGAGUUCGACACCGUUCCUGCAAGACGCCAUCCUAAUAUGGUGGCCGGGUCCAGUGAAGACAGAAAAGCCUCGACCCAUUUUGGCCAAGGCGUUGAUGAUCAACAGAUUGCAGAUAGAGUGGAGGAAGAAGAAGAUGUGUGUGAUAUAAAUGAUGCAAAAUAUCUUCUACAGUCUCCAGAGGAAAUAUCAUAUGAGGAGAGGGUUCAAAUGUCUCUACUUUUGCCUGAGGAAAUAUCAUUUGAGGAAAUUCAGAUGUCUCUACUUCUGCCGGAGGAAGAGGAGGUGAUGCAGUCUUUCGAUUCAUCUGAAAUCAUCCCUGAUUUGACGACAUUUGAUGAAACCACUUUCCUGGAGGCACCAGCAAAACCUCCUACUUAA